GUCAAAUGCCUGUGUAGCGCUGCUGAUAAUAUUGCUGUACUUCUACGUAGAAUUUUGUGCUAGAAUGAGUGCUCACUAAUCAGUUGCCUUGGGAUGAAUUUAGCUACUUUUAAUAAUUCUGAUUUUAUGUUAUUUUGAUGAUAAAAGGUGGAAAAGGUGACUCAGUCCUCGUUCGUUUAGUAAUAUUCUGAUAAGAAAUAUAAUUAUCAUCAUAAUUAUGAGCCCCCUGUAUAAGGGAUUAGGGUAGUCUCGGGGCAUACCACUACACUUGGCGCUCCUGGCAAGUAUGAAUUCUAUCGCCUUUCGGAAAGAACAGUCAGUUAGUCUUUUCUGGUAUUUCCUGGAUGGAAGCGACUGAUCGUCCUCGUACUCAUAGUGGACUUCUCAGAGUAACUCCUGUGAAGAAAGUCCGGAAACCCAGAGUUCCUAAAACAGGAACCGUGAAGAAGCUCAGUAUACCAGUGACUGUGACUACGAGUGCAGCCUCAGCUCCUGUGCCUGUGUUUUCACCUCCAGACCCUAUUCAGCCAUUUGUGAAUAUCUUCACCAGAAGCAGUAAGAUGUUCCGCAGCCCGCCAAAGAAAGCUGUGACUCCUGUUCAGGAAGAAAUUGAAACGUUGCCCGACGAACCUCUUGCCCCUACAGAUCCUACUGAGACAGCAGAGGAACGAAAUACUCGUAUCGAUUCAGAUGUGGAUUCUCUCUUUCAGAAGAAACAAGCAGCGGAUCCUAGUAUUAUUUCCGAUGGACUUUAUGAUACGGAAGAUGAAGUGGAUGGCAAUGAAUUACAGAAUACGGGAUUCCUGGAAUCGGACGUAGGAUUUGGGGAGAAGCCCUAUCAGAUGUUUUCGGCGGCGAAGAACCGGAUUGGAAAUUUUUCAUUUCCGAAUUCCAUUCCAUUUGGAAUUGGAUCUCCCAUCCGAUCGCUUCCGGUAGUGCAUCAGUUCGUGUUAAACAGCUUGACAUUGCCGGCCUCUCUUCAGGCGCCAGUCAGUUCGAGUGGAAUUGGAACUUCCACAGCGGUGACAUCAUCUCCAUUACGGACGAUUGUGACUUCCAGUUUCGGAAACCCUGCGACGGUCUCAGCAGUUUCUCUGCCUACUGUUACCACAACUUACAGCACAUCCAUUCCUUCAUCCGGAUCAGUUUCCUCGACGCAUACGGUGAGUGCACGGAUGCAUUCCAUUUCCAGUACCGUUCCCAUUUCUGUACAGAAUGCCAGUGCACCAGUUCAGCCUGCUGACGUGUCGGAUAGUGUCGCGGAUGCAUUGAAAGAUGUGUUGACAUCCUUUGAAAGGAACAUCCUUGAUAAUAUGAAUACGAUGAAUAACUCCUUGAAACAGGAUAUUUUGGUGAUGGAAAAGAAGAAUGACGAUCGGUGGAAACAUCAUCAACAGGAUGUUAACUCCGCUUUUGGCCUGGUGACGCAGCAGCUGUUGAAGCAUGAAUCGUCAUUCACUUCUAAAAUGCAAGAAAUGGAUGAAUGGAAGGCGACGAUGAAAGCGCAAGUAGAUUCCUUAGCACAGGAUUUCGAUAAAAUGAAGCGGCAGAAAUCAACCGUUCCAAUGGAAAAGGCGCAUCAAAUCAUGCCGCGCGCGCGUACAGAGGAUAUUCGUGGCCGAUCAGUGAUGCAUACUCCUUCAAAGGAAUCAGUUACCUCUGACUCAUCUGUGGAGUUUAUUGAGGAACGCGGCCCGGCGAUGCGGAUGAAAACUCCUCACUUUGCAGGACGAAAGGAUGAAAGGAUUGAAAGCUUCCUAGGAAAAUUUGAAGCUGUGUCCAAACUGAAUCAGUGGGGCAGCCAGAUGAAGACGGUGCAGCUCAGCUAUGCCUUGCAAGGCGCUGAAGAGAAGUUUCACGGCCAGCUAAUGGCUCGAUAUGAUACGGCAUCCUGGACAUUUAAGGAUUGGAAAGAUAGACUCCUACAGCGUUUUGGUGCUGAAGGAAGAGAAUUCUCCGCAGAACAGCAGUUAUUUUCCGCCGUGUAUGACGGGUUGAUGGAUGCUGAUGCGUUUAUUGUACAGAUGACGGAUCUGAUGGAUGAUGUGGAUCCCGAAAUGAGUCCAUGCCGACAAGUACAGUUUUUGGUUAAUUCUUUUAGAAAUUUUCCGGUAAUGCAGAAUUUUAUCAUUGCACGAAAUCCUAAGUCAAUAGGAGAUUUAACGUCGGUUUGGCAUGCCUUGAAACCUAUGCAAGGUCAAAAUGGCAUGCCGGCGGUUUCGAAAGUACCGUAUUAUCAGACUCCUUAUGCAGGACGUGGUCGUGGUUUUGGUCGUUACAGUGGUUAUGGUAGCAGCCGCUGGGGCGGAUAUCAGAAUUCUUGACCACGGAUGCAGUCGUCAGCGGAUGUGGCACCCUCCAGCAGUGCCCUGGAAUCGCCACCGAAGCAGUCCUAUGCCGAUGCGGCAGUCGCGCCGGUUCCCGGUGGUGGCAUGAAUUUCCAGCCUGGAAUGCCGAUGGAAUUUCGCCCGCGACCGCAAAUGCAGAAUCCGCCAUCACGUCGAUUUGUCCCGCAGUGCUAUUUCUGUGCAGAAAACGGGCAUAUCAGCAGUGAAUGCAAUUGGCCGUCGGUGCCGCAGUCUGAAUGGCCCGACAACGUUCGUACCGGGAAUCAGAUGGUGGCAGAGCGCCGGCAAAAGUUCUUGGAAGAAAGACGUGCAGCGUCGGCGGCGGGUAAUCGUCCGUCGUUUAAUCCGGCAAAAAACGCCUAGGUGCAGCUCAGGGAGGUGAGUCUGUGCCGCGUGUGAGAAAACCUCCUGAUAAACUGUAUAUGAGUACAGUUUUCGUUAAUUCUUUGUAUAAGAAGCAGCUUUCUAAAAUGGAAUAUCCGGUUUAUGGUCCCGAUACGGUAGUUUACAUUAAAUUAAACAACCGUGAAAUUAAUUGUUUAUUUGACACGGCUGCAGCAGUUUCUAUGAUUUCAAAAGAAUUUUGUGAUACUGAUAAAAUCCUCUAUCAGGACAUUGACCCGAACUAUCAGCAUUGGAAUGUAGUCGGUAUUAAUGGUGUACCGUUAUCAAAGUUUCGUUUUUGCUUGAAAGUGAAUUUAGAGAUCUGUGAUAUUGUGUUUCAGCACAGUCUCUUUGUGAGAGAAGAAAGUACGCCUUAUCCUUAAAUUUUAGGAACUGAUUUCUUUAAAAAAAUUAAGACAAUUACUUUCGAUUAUCGGGAUUAUUUUCCUCAGAUUAAGGUACAAGUGCCUACUUUAAUUAAUUCUGUUGAAGAAGAGGAGAAAAUACAGUGUGAGAGGUUGACCCGUGAAUUGAUGAGUUUGGGUACUACCUCUGUAAAUGACUUGGGAUUGAAUAAUACGCUUGAUACACGCGUAAUGGAUGAAAUCUCAGUAGAAAUGCGUAAACGCCUGGCAAGGCUAAAGGGUGAUGACGCGUGUGUGAGUGUGAGUUCCAGGGUGAAGAAGAGGACCUCGGAUCAGCCUCAGUCGGAUGUUCCUGUUGUGCGACCAGUGCCUGCGGGCGUGGCCAAACAAGUGGGGAAUGCGCAGCCUCGUUCUGGAUUGGAGAAGUCACCGAAACCGCGGACACCUGAAAUAGUGCAGCCGAAGCGCCGAGUGGGACGUGUUGCGGAGAGUGGAUUGGCCCGGCCGGUAACAGUCUAUUCUGCCCGACAUGUUCAGGUUCCUCCUAGGACUCACGUAGUCGUUGAGUUAAGCCCUGGGCGUAAGAGAAUUAAAGAUGGAGAAUAUAUGUUUUUGCCAAACCGGGCCAAGAAUGUAGGCAUAGGACUACAGCUGGCUAAUGCGGUGGUUAAGUGUGAAAAUGAUACGAUUUUAUGCUGGUUAGAAAAUCGUACAAAUAAUAAUAUUAUAAUUAAGAAAGGUGUUAUGAUCGGUAGUUUAGAGAAUUUUAAAGAAAAUCCUGAUGUUCCUACGUCGAUUGGCAGUGCAGGUCAGGAGAGUGUCUACAUGACAGAUGAGGAAUUUGAGAAAAGUUUCGCUGAAUGUAAAUUAAAUCAUGAUUUAAAUGAGGAACAGCGUCAGCGAGUUAAACAGUUAAUGCGUAAGCAUGUCCGAUUAUUUCCUACAGAAAAGGAGCCGUUCGGUAAUGUUCCUAACGAAUUUCAUUAUAUUAGGACGGGCGAUGCAAAGCCGUUUAAGCAGACGCCUCGCCGGUAUGAUUAGACCGGUAGAAAGUUGAUCAUGGAUGAAGUGGAUAAGAUUGUAAGCUCAGGGCGUUAUCCAGCGAUCCAAAUCCGACUGGUCUAACAGAAUUCUUUUGGUAGAAAAGAAAGACGCUGGCGUACGAUUUUGUUUAGAUUUCCGGCAGCUAAAUAAAUUAACUGUAAAAGAUUCUUAUUCUAUGCCGAUAAUCGAGGAUAUCCUGCAUGCUAUAGGAGAUUGUGACUGGUGUACGACUUUAGAUUGUAAGUCGGGAUAUUGGGCGAUUCCUAUUGCGCCUGAGGAUCAAUCUAAAACCGCAUUCUGUACCCAGGAUGGAUUGUUUGAAUUUAAACGAAUGCCGUUUGGCGUGUGCAACGGCCCCGCUACGUUCCAGCGUGUAAUGGACGGUAUUCUAUCAGAAGUAAAGUGGACAAUGGCGUUAGUCUAUUUGGACGAUAUUAUUAUUUUUGCUGAAACUUUCGAUCAGUGGUGUGAACGGAUGGAUAUCGUUCUUUCUUCAAUAGAAAAUGCCGGUUUGAAAAUUCAGCCGAAGAAAUGUGUGCUGGCUGUGCGUGAGGUUAAAUUCCUAGGACAUAUUAUUAAAAAGUCAGGAAUUAAGGCUGACCCACAGUAUUUGGAUGCCAUACGGAAGUUUCCGAUUCUUGACAGUGUGACUGCGUUGCAGAGUUUCUUAGGGCUGGCGAAUUUUUAUAAGAAAUUUUGUGCUAAUAUGAGCUACAUGACAUACGUAUUAACUCCUUUGGUAAGGAAAAAUGUGAAUUUCAAAAAGGAAUGUAGUGAUGUACAUUUACAGGCGUUUCAUGAUUUGAAAGACACGCUCAGUAAUGCGCCCGUUUUAACUCGUUUUGAUUCUACGAAAGAAAUUGUAGUGGAAUGUGAUGCGUGUGGUAUUAGUGUUGCCGGUAUCCUGAGUCAGGAAGGUAAAACUGUGGCUACUUGUAACCUGUCAUUGACCGCCGCCGAGCGUAAUUAUCCGGCGACGCAUCUUGAAUUAUUAGCGAUAAUAUUUUCUUACGAGAAAUUCCGUCAUUAUUUGGAAUUUAAUCAUUUCAUUGUAAAGACUGAUCAUCGAGCGCUUCUAGAGAUAGAAAAGUAGAGCGGAAAUAAUCCACGACUUGCGCGUUGGGCAUUAUUAUUGUCGACUUUGGAUAAAGAAGUACAGUACCGCCCGGGGAAAUUCCACCAUAAUGCGGACUGUUUAAGUCGUUUUCCUGUUGGCCCGGCCGAACCGGGUGUCGCCGAUAAGCUGCCGGUUUAUGCGCACGCCGCAGAAGUGCAGGAUGAAGAUGAAAAUGCCGAUGAAGAUCCUUGGAAGGACGACAGGUGGUUGAGUGAUGAACAGCUAUUGGUUCCUUCUGUUAAGAAAAUUGUGGAUGCGAUGGAUAAUCCUGCCGAUCCUCAGUUCGCCUCGUGUCACCGUCAGUAUGUAUUACGUAAUUCAGUCCUAUAUUACAAAAGGAGAGAGAACGGUGUAGACGUAAAGUGUCUGAUGGUUCCCAAACAUUUACGAAUGAUGUAAUGUGGACUGUACAUGAUAUUCCUCUAGCAGGACAUCAGGCCGUGGAUAAGACAGUAAGUCUGAUUAAGCGUCGUUUCUGGUUUAACGAUAUGGUAAAUUACGUUAAACGGUACAUAAAGACUUGUCCACAAUGCCAGAUGAGGCAAGUUACUCGUAAACCUAUGUCAGGUUAUUUGCAGCAUCUUCCUGUAGAAGGACCAAUGUGUACUGCGUACAUGGAUUUAUUAGGUCCGUUUCCUGCAUCAGGAUUGGGUAAUAAAUACGCUUGUGUUGUAGCGGACGCCUUGACUAAGUACAUUUGGGCUAGACCACUAAAAGAUCAAUCAGUUGCCGAAGUAGCAAAAUUCUACGUACAGAACGUAAUAUUAAUGUUUGGCACUCCUAAGCGGUUACUAACUGACCAAGGAAAGCAUUUUAGAAAUAAUUUGCUGUAUGAAAUUAAUAAGUUAAUCGGUGUUAGUCAGCUUCGUACAACAGCGUAUCAUCCACAGGGAAAUUCUCAAGUAGAAAGACAAAUGUCUCCUUUGGCUGAAGGAAUGGCAAUGUAUGCGUCAGACGACCAACGUGACUGGGAUCAGUACCUUCCGUUUAUCGCGUCCGCGCAUAAUUCUACCGAACAUGACGUCACAAAGACGUCGCCGUUUAGGUUGAUGUUUGGUCGUGAAAAUGAACUUCCAGUAGAUACGAUUAUUAAAUCUGUGGAAGACAGUACGUAUCUAAAUUUAUCUGAUUAUUCUCAGAAAUUAACGGAUUUCUUCCAAGAAGCGUACGAAGUCGCGCGAGCACGUAUUGGCAUACGCCAGGAUAAGAAUGCCGCCGCGACCGAUAUAAAUCGCCGAAAAGUUCAGUUUUCUAUAGUCGACCUUGUAAAGGUGCGAGAAUUUGCACAUGUUGUCAAGAAGGCCGAUAAAUUGCGACAGAAGUAUUCUGGACCGUAUAAGGUCAUAGAACGUGUUAAUGAAAAUGUCUAUAAAUUACAGCUUUUGCAUUCUUUCCGUCAGAAAAUCGAUAAUUAUAACGUCAGUCGUAUUGAGCCUUUUUAUCCAAGGCCAUCGGGUGAAGUUCCUGAAAUUAUUAGGAAUGAUAAUUCUGAAUUAGAAAAUGUACAGCCGGAUUCGCAGCCGAUUGCUGAUGUGCCAAAAGAUACGUAGCCGGUCGAAGCCACUGACCUUGACAUUCCAGUCCUAGAUCUGCCGUCAGAUAAUCUCGCCUUGCCAGCGAAGCCAGCGUCGAAGCGUCAGUACCGGAAAAAGACUGUCGACAUCGUGCCAUUUACCAGCCGUUCAGGUCGCAUCACCAAAGCGCCAAAGCGAUAUCAGUGUGUCGUUCGAAUUAAUUUAUGAGCAUUCAUCGUAUAUUCCUAUUAAGGAUUUAUUUCGUGAAUUAUGCUUCUUAAUGUUUUCUUGGAUGAGUGGAUUAUCGCUGGAUAUCGUUUAAUUGAUAUAGUUUCCCGAUAUUUAUGGGAUAAUGACCGUCGAUUUCUUUAUUUAGAAGCAAUACGUUUUAUUCGCUCGGUGAUUUUCUUCUAUGCAGAAUGUACAGUUCUGAGAAUCUUUUGGACAGCGCAUAGCUAUCGGAAUCAUUCUGGACGCAAACCAUAUUUCUUGCCCAUAUCAUACAGAUAUGGAGGACUCGCACGGUAUUCCUUUUGGAGAGAAUGGAGAUCUCGGAACACGUUAUGACGAUUCACCGCCAACAUAUUCGGAAACCAUUGCCCGUGGUCUGAGUCUCAUGGCUAAAUCAGUCAGUACAGACAACCGCCCUAAAAGUGACGCUGUUGGCGGUGAACACUAUUCUGAAAGCGUCAUCGUUGUCAAACAUCCUCAGCAUCCUCCACGAAGGUAUCCGGAAAUAGAGGGCCCGCGAUUCGUUCCCAAAGUAGUCGAUAAGGACAAGAGCCAUAAAAACGUCUGCAAUGGCGGUGAAAACUAUUCCUUCAACACCGUGCAUCUUCACGAUCCUCCCCGCAGAAAUUCGGCAGUCAGUGAAUCGUUUUGUGAAGCCGUCUAUAAGGAUCAAAAUCCGAAAGUGACGGGCAGUGGCGGCCUUGGUAAAGAGCACUACUCCGAAAGCUUCACCAGGACGAAGCUUGCCCAGCGUUGCCAUCGUUGCCGCCGUUACGGGUGCACCUGUGGUAACAGUUGUCGUUUCUACGGCGACAGCAGCGGCUACUCCAACGAUGCAGGCUACGGUAGCCAUUGGGGCGUUGUAGGUGGCGACAGUGGAGGAGGCGGUGGAUGGGACAUGGGUUGCGCCGUUGACAGUGGAUGUAAUGCGAGUGGAGGUGGUGAUAGUGGCGGAGGAUGUGACAGCGGUGGAUGCGAUAGCGGUGGCGGUGACAGUGGUGGCGGAGGCGGAGGCUAGCAACUGAUUGAUCGACUGUUUAUUGUGUAGCCAAGCCCGUAAACACAAUUGUCACAAAACAUUGCCAGGCAUUG